UCCAGCCCUGGAUAAAGGACCCGGGUGUCCACGAGCUGCUGUCAGUCAGAAGGCCACUCACUCCAAGAUGAGCUCCUCUUGGGCACCCCAUUCGGGGCGUGUGGGUGGGCUCAGGAUGAAGGUGCUGCUGCUGGCCGGUCUCCUCCUGCCAGGGACCUUGGCUAAGAGCAUCGCGACCUUGGAUCCCUGUAAGGAUCCCACGCGCAUCACCUCCCUUAACGACCCCUGUCUCUCUGGGAAGGGCGGCUCCAGUGGCUUCAGCAGUUCCAGCAGCUCCACUUCCAGUUCCAGUGUCUCCAGCGGUGGCUCUAGUGGUUCUGGCACCUCCAGUGGUGGGUCCGGCGGGUCCGGUGUCAUCCAGGGCAGUUCUUCAGGAUCUUCUUUAGUUAAGCCAGGAACAGGAUACUCUCAGAUCAGCUACUCCUCCGGAUCCGGCUCUAGUCUACAGGGUGCAACUGGCACUUCCAGUGGUGGGUCCGGCGGGUCCGGUGUCAUCCAGGGCAGUUCUUCAGGAUCUUCUUUAGUUAAGCCAGGAACAGGAUACUCUCAGAUCAGCUACUCCUCCGGAUCCGGCUCUAGUCUACAGGGUGCGACUAGCACCUCCCAGUCGGGAAGCAGCAGCUCUCAGUCAGAAAUCAUCAGCUACCAAGUAGGGCAUGGCUCUGCUCUACCAACCAACCCUGGUUCUUCCCAGUCUGGAGGAGGCUCUUCUGUCUCCCUAACCUCCAGUAUGUCCAGCGGCAGUAGGCAAAGCGUCAGCUCCAACCAGCGUCCCUGCAGCUCGGACAUCCCCGACUCUCCCUGCAGUGGAGGGCCCAUUGUCUCGCAUUCUGGCUCCUACAUCUCCAGCUCCCACUCAGUGUCAGGGGGUCAGAGGCCUGUGGUGGUGGUGGUGGAGCAGCAUGGCUCUGGUGGCCCCAGAGUGGUUCCAGGUUCCCCCUGCAGCACUGGUGGCCUUCCGGGGAAGCCCUGCCCCCCUAUCACCUCUGUAGACAAAUCCUACGGUGGCUAUGAGGUGGUGGGUGGCUCCUCUGACAGUUAUCUGGUUCCGGGCAUGACCUACAGUAAGGGGAAAAUUUACCCUGUGGGCUACUUCACCAAAGACAACCCCGUUAAAGGCUCCCCAGGUGUCCCCUCCUUUGCAGCUGGGCCCCCUGUCUCUGAGGGCAAAUACUUCUCCAGCAAUCCCAUCGUUCCUAGCUCCAGCAUCUACCCAUCGGGAGCUUCCUCUGCUAUUGUGUUCCAGCCAGUGGGCACUGGCGGGGUCCAGCUCUGUGGUGGCUCCACGGGCUCUAAGGGGCCCUGUGCCCCCUCCAGUUCCAGAGUCCCCAGCAGUGCUAGCAUUUCCAGCAGCUCCAGUUCAUCCUACCAUCCCUGUGGCGAUGCUUCCCAGGGGCCUUGCUCCCCUCCAGGCAGUGGAUCUUUCAGCAGCAGCUCCAGUUCCCAGUCAGGUGGCAAAAUCAUCCUUCAGCCCUGUGGCAGCAAGUCCAGCCCUCCUGGUCACCCUUGCCUUUCUGUCUCCUCCUCAACAUUGACUGGGGGUCCUGAUGGCUCCCCCCACCCUGAUCUUUCUGCUGGUGCCAAGCCCUGUGGUUCCAGCAGCUCUGGAAGGCUCCCCUGCCGUUCCAUCCGGGAUGUCCUGGCCCAGGUGAAGCCUCUGGGGCCUCAGCUAGUUGACCCUGAAGUUUUCUUGCCACAGGGAGAGGUACAUGACAGUCCAUGAGUCAGCUUUCCCAUAGGUGCCUGCACAGGCACACAUGUACACACCUCCUCCCUUCCUAGCAGGGAGAAGUCCAGGGGCCCAGGAGAGGUCUCCCUCCUCCCAGGACGGCUGGUCUGCCUCCUCCACACUCAGUGUUGCAAACUCUCCCAUGUCACUUCUUUUUUCAUUUCCCCAAAAGGGGAGACUCAAAACCCCUGUCCUCAUUCUCCCCCCACUUCACUGCAGUACCCCUUCACAUGUCCUUUGCUAUUUCUUUGAGAGGGUCCAUGACUAACCCCACCUGCUCAGGCUCUUGACUGGAAAACCCCUUUAAAUGCUCCCAGAGCACCUCUGAUGCCUGGAAAAGUUAUCUCUUCUACUCCUCCUUUGCCAAAUAAAGCAAAGUCAAACCAUUAUCUGAAAACAUUGACCACUUUUCAUCAAUCUCUCUUUGCCAUAUGGUCACCCAACCCAAAAUGCCACUGGGCUCUCACUCCCGAUUCCACAUCUGCCCUCCAUUCCAAGAGCUCACCACACCCUCCGAGAUCACCAUUUCCAAACACCCUAUGUCUUUCAAGGCCUCCACGUCAGCCCCCUUCCUGCAGCCACUUCCUCUCCCUGCUCAGCUGCUGGGAGAAAAGGGCACCCUCAGAGGCGGGAGCAGGCACCCUGCUCUCUCUGGAUCCUGGGCAGACUGCUCAAUAAACUGUGUGGACAAAGUGCAGAUAUUUUGCCUUGUUGGAGUCUUGCGUCUCUUCUUGGAGCCUGGUGGUGUUCCUCCUAUGCCUUCGGAGGUCCCUGUAUCCCUCAUUUUUAUUCAUGAGUUGGCCCAUGUUUCUCUUAUACCUUAUCACUCUUCCCACAAAGGAGGAAACAAUAAAUAUUUGUUGAA